AUGAUUGAAAUUUGUUUCGGAAGAGGAUUUCGAUGGCGAUGGUGGUGGCGGUGGCGUGGCGUGGUGGUGCGGAACCCGCGCCGCUCCGCGGGCCGGCUGCUGGCGGACGCGGGCGACGGCGCCGAGGCGGACCUGCUCGGCACCACGCCGCCCAGGGCGCGCAUACGCGACAAGGAGAAGCGCAGGCCGAUCUACCGGAGCAACACGGACGUGGAGGCCAGCCUGCAGAGGGCGCGCGGCGAGAGCGCCGCCGAGCUGCAGCCGCCGCCAGUUCCAGAGCGGCUGAAGAAGCGCGCCAGCCUGAAGCUGAUGCGCGCACGCGAGAGGGACUGGAAGCAGGAGCUGGGCGAGCACGAGCCGCGCGCCGACUCGCUGCCGUCGCCCGGCCCCGCCGAGCCCACGCUGGUGGAGUCGUGCAGCCGCUUCAUGUCGCUGAGCUCUCGGCUGAAGAGCCGCGCGGAGGAGGCGGAGCAGUGCCAGCGCUGGCCGAGCGAGCAGCAGCUGCCGCCGAGCCGCGUCAGCUUCCACAACACCUUCAGCCUGCUCAUUAACAUGGGCAACGCCGACAAGGGCUGCAAGCGCACCAUCAGCCGCGAGGAGCAGGUGUGGCAGAACGAGCUGAAGGACCUGAUCUGGCUGGCGCUGCAGGCGCGCCUGGCCGGCCGCAGCCUGCCGCAGCAGGACGCCUACCUCUGCGCCCAGCGGGACCUCAUCCCCGGUGUCGUCGACACCAUCCUGAACUACAAAUUCGUGAACCCGUUUCCGUGUCCCGCUGCGCAAAUGGCAAAGCCGCAAAUCGGUCUCGAAGUGGAUGAAGAUAUUGAGCCGCAGACGUGCCUGUGUUUGGAGUGCGCGCGCUGCUGCGGCAGCAUCGGCGCGGCCAUGCGCGAGGUGUCUUCGCUGCUGGAGGCGUUCUACGGCGCCGCAGACCUCUACCCGUCCAGCUCGGCGGCCGAGGCCGACCAGCCCAGCCUGGCGCGGCCGCAGCUCAAGCACCGCGUGCGGGCGAUGUGCGUGUGGUUCAACGCGGCGCUGCACAUGCGCCAGAAGCUGGAGUCGCUGCGGCGCAUGCUGCGCAGCGCCAGCCUGGCGCGCGCCCCUCCCUGCGCCCGCCGCCUCCAGCAGCUCGCCUCCAGCGACUCGGACCUCUCGGGAAUGUCGUCGGAGGGCCACCGACCUUGCCAGGUGCAGUUCGACGUGAGCAACACGCCCACCGACUCCAGCAGCAGCGACGCGAGCGCGCACUGCGCCGACAAGAGCCGGAGCUCCGACGAGGUGUCUGUUAAUCUGCCUACGGGGUGUGCCAUCGAACACAAGCGGGAGUCGACGGAACUUAGCAAUGAAGAAAAGAAUACGGAGGAAGUAAGAGGUGUAGAUAACAACGAAGAAGGGACCAAUGGCAGCCAUGAACAUCGAGAGGAUGUCGUUGAUAGCGGCAUUGACAGCAGAUCUGAUACCUUAGGCGAUACCACCCCCGAGAUCUGGCAGCCGGAGGAGCAGGACCAGGGGGCGGAGGGGGCGGACGACCCUCUGCAGCUGGGCUCCCUGCACGAGCUGGCCCAGCUGCGCCUGCUGGGCAGGACGCACGUGCCCCUCUACAGGGACUACCAAUACGAGAUGCUGAAGACGCAGGGCGUUCGUCGUUGCAUGACUUUCAUCCAUAAGAUCUGCUACAAAUUGUUACGAAAAGUGUAUUUCACGCUACUUCCCGAGAAUGUAGAACUGGACUCCUCAUUUUCCGACGAGUUUACGGAGUCCCUUUUGAACUCAAAGAGUGAGUCGCACGAUAAGAAUGAAACCAAAUCCAAAUUUGAGGAUGCAUUUGAAUUGCGCAGGUACGGGUGCUGGUCGCCGGAGACGGUGGGCAUGCGGCUGCCCUGGUUCCGCAGCCACUUCGUGCUGCUGGGCUGCGUGUGCAUGGAGGCCAUGCACGACUACCUGGCGCUGCGGCUGGAGACGCGCCCCGCCCACCCCUCCUGCCUCACCGUCAAGCAGCUGAUCCACGAGCUGAAGGAGGGGCUGGACCUGGCCACGGAGAUCCGCUCGGGCUUCGUGCGCUACGCCUUCGCGGCGCUCAGGGGCCUGGCCGCUCGUUCCGCGCAGGGCCCGGACCUGCUGCGGCUGCUGCGCACCUUCGACGCCACCGUAGAGACCGCGCUGCAGCAAUACCUGUCGUACCUGAGCACGAUGUCGGAGACGGAGGCGCUGCCGCGCUCGGCGCUGGCGGCCGAGUGGGCGUUCACGGCGCGCCUGGCCGCGCGGGCGCCGCGCGCCGCCGCCGCCGCCCCGCCCGCCUUCGUCGACAUCGCGUGCAAGCAGCUGCGCCGGCUGGUGCGGCGCUUCGACGAGCGGUUCGACGGCCUCGAGGAGAUGGUGAGCUCGAAGGAGAGCGAGGGGCCCAGUGCGCGGCGCAGGUACGUGGUGUUCGCGGUGUGCCGCGCGGCGCAGGAGGCGUUCGUGGGCGAGCGCGAGGCGGUGCUGCAGGCGGCGCAGGCGGCCAGGGCGCUGGCGGCGCGGCUGCCGCUGCGGCGUGCGGCCCACAGGGCGCCGCUGCUGGGGGCGCUGGUGGCGCUGCGCGACUGCCUGGUGCGGCACACGGAGCGCAUCCUGGAGCGCAGCCGGCUGCCGGCCGAGGAGGCGGCCGACCUCUCCGACGGCACGGCGGCGCGCGUGCGCGAGCUGCUGCUGCAGGCCUACAAGCUCGGCUUCGAGCUGCACCGCGAGCUGUACGCGCUGGCGCAGGCGCCGCGGCGGCACGGGUGGGGCGGGAGGGGCGCUCCGCGGGGGCGUGGGCGGGGGCGCCCCUCGUCGCUGCAGCCCCCGCCGCCCCCACGCCCCCCGCCCGCCGCCGGCGCCCGGCGCAGGCCCGACACCGUCGUAAUCCACGAAUCCGUCAACCCCCUGUUGCACAAGGAGCUUCAUCGGUUCGUGAACGAGAGUUGGGGCCGCAACGGCCCCUCCGCCCCCUCCGCCACCCCCGGCCCCCCUGGCCCCGGCGCCGCCCGCGCAGAGCGCAUAUCCCGCUCCAAGCUCCUACGUUCGGAGAGCAUCAUAGAGGAGGGCGUAUUCGAUUAUAGAAUCUUCGAGGGCGCUACGGAGAGCACGAAACAGAACGAUUUGGAAGAGUUGUUAGCGAGUGCCGAGGGCUGGGCUCCAGCCGCUGCUGGGGUCGCGGGGGGAGUCGAGGGGGAGGGGGGAGUGAAGGAUGCGGAGGGAGAGGAGGGGGUAAAGGUAGAGGGGGGUGCGGAGGGGGAGGAGUGCGGUGCGCUGGAGGAGCAGUGGGCGGCGCAGGUGGCGCGCGCCAUCAUAGAGUUCGCGAGGUGCUGGAUGCGCUUCGUGAUGGAGCGCUGCGAGCGCGGACGCGGCCUCAGGCCCAGAUGGGCCAGCCAAGGUUUAGAGUUCCUGAUGCUCGCCUGCGACCCGUGGAACACCAAACAUUUGAGCGACGAGGAGUUCGAGGAGCUGAAGCAGCUGAUGGACGCGUGCAUCUCGCACGUGAUCGGGUCGCGGCCCGCGGCGCCCGCCGACCCGCCCAGGCGCCCCAAGCGCGCCCUGCACAGUCCUUCGGCGAGCGGCGCGGCGUGCCGGGAGCCGCAGAGUCCCCCCGCCGAGGGCGACGCGCCCGCCCUGCCGCAGCGCGACCGCCUCGACCACGCGGCGGGGUGCGCGCGGUGCGGCGGGCGGGCGGCGCGCGUGGCGCUGGCCGUGGCGCUUGUGGAGCGCGAGCGGGAGGGCGGGCUGCGCGCGCGCGGCGCCGUGGGCCGGCCGCUGCCCGCCGCGCCGCCCUGCGCCCAGCCCAAGCUGCGCCAGCUGGCCUUCAAGUGGCAGCGCGGCCUCAAGAUCGGCGCCGGCUCCUUCGGCAAGGUGUACACCGUGGUGAACACGGAGAGCGGCCAGCUGCUGGCCAUGAAGGAGCUGAGCGUGUGCGCGGCCGACCGGCGCGCGCUGCAGCGGGCCGCCAACGAGCUGCGGCUGCUCGAGGGCGUGCUGCACCCCCACCUCGUGCGCUACUACGGCUGCGAGCUGCACCGCGAGGAGCUGCUGCUGUUCAUGGAGCUGUGCGUGGAGGGCUCGCUGGAGGCGCUGGUGGGCGCGGCGGGCGCGCUGCCCGAGCACACCGCGCGCCGCUACGCCAAGCAGCUGCUCAGCGCCGUGGCCGAGCUGCACGCCAGGGGCAUCGUGCACCGCGACAUCAAGAGCGGCAACGUGUUCCUGACCAACGAAGGCCACUGCCUCAAGCUGGGCGACUUCGGCUGCGCCGUCAAGAUCCGCGCCAACACCACGGCGCCCGGCGAGCUGCAGGGCUUCGUCGGCACCCAGGCGUACAUGGCGCCCGAGGUGUUCAUGAAGUCGUCCGGGCACGGGCGAGCGGCCGACAUCUGGUCGCUGGGCUGCGUGGUGACGGAGAUGGCGUCGGGGCGGCGGCCCUUCGCCGAGUACGACAGCAACUACCAGAUCAUGUUCGUGGUGGGCAUGGGCGGGCGGCCCCUCGUGCCCGACGCGCUGUCCGAGGAGGGCCAGGAGUUCUGCCGCCUCUGCCUCACGCACGACCCGGAGCUGAGGCCGCGCGCGGACGCGCUGGCGCUGCACCACUUCCUCAUGGUGAAGUCGGACGAUGACUGCAAAUGCGAAUCCGCAUACCUCAUGGCU